CAAAAUAUAAGUGUUUUUCUUUUUAAGUUUAAUUUAUUUGAAUAAGCAACAACAAAAUAUCGCAAAAUUUUAUGGUAUAUGCCUUCUAAGAAUAUUUUUCUAUAAUGGAAUCGUCGCCGGAAAAAACUUCCAGAAAGCACAUGGACAUCAUUGAAAAAAAAAUAAAAAAAACGCUACAAAAUGGACUUAAAGAGAGUAUUAUAAAUGAAUAUCUAGAAGUUAUGAAAGAAGAUUUAUUAGUAGGACAACAGGACGAUUUUUUUUUAAACUUAAUUCAGCAAGAUGAGCAAGAUAACGUUGAACGUGAUUUCUUAAGGAAUAACUAUGCAACUCUUUCGGAAAAUGUUGAAUUAAACCGCCAAAAAUUUGAAUCACUAAAAGAUUCUAUAGAUAUCUUGUCCAUGCAGUCGAUUGCAGAAAAGGAAACGUUUAAAAGACAGCAGAAUGAUGGAGACAACAAAAUUAAAUUGAUGUAUCAAGGUGAUAUUAAUAAAGUAAACCAACAGCUGGAAGAAAUAAACAAUGAGUAUAAUGAAAUAGAACAAGAACUUAGGAAACAGAUUUCAUUGGAGAACGCCACUAAAAAUGCAAGAAUUUACGAAAUGAGAAGCAAGUUAGAAAGACAAAUUAUGGAUAAACGAAACGAUAUUGUUCGACUAAUCACUGAAGGAAACACUAUAAAACAAGAGUUGGACAAUCUAAAAGCACAACUGGAGCAAAACCGAUAUAAAAACACACAUAAAAAUAUGAUGUAUUUUAAUAAAAACUAUGUAGAUCAACAGUCAACUCUAAAUAAACCUGUUCAUAGUCAUGCAAAUUUUACCAAAAGUAAUAAUUCACAAGAUAAACUUGAAUAUAACACUGACAAACAAAAUCAGGUCGCAAUUGCCAGUGAAUAUGAUUUAUUGGAUAAGCAUCAGCAAGUUCUAGAAAAUAAUCAUUUGUUGGAAAAAGUAAACAACACUACAUUUGGGAAUAUGGCCAUCAAUCAACACAAAAAAGACUUUCUUAAUCCUGUUAGCCACACAAGCAAUCUGAAACCUAAUUCGUUUAGUUAUACAACUAAUACAGAUCCUGUCAUUCAGGUUGAGUCAAAGGAACAAUCUUCUUCAAAAACCAAAGAUGACCACUCCAUUUCUAUGGAUGAGAUAGUCAGUAGUAAUUCAUCCCAAAUAACACCAACUGCUCUUCCGCCAAGAAGAAUACCAAAAGUCUAUAUUGGCACUACUAAAAAAGGACAGUUAGGCAAACUGAGAAAAUGAAAAAAUAAAUUAUAUAUAAUCAUAUUGAACAAUUAUUUAACGAAGAGUUAACUAGAUUUUUCAAGUAAAGUUUAUAGUUUUUUAACAUAUCAGGAUCUGGAUUCUUAUAAUUUAUAUAUUUUUGAAGCCUUUAAUCAUUCCUCCACGUAGUCUCCACUUCGUCUGUCCUAUACCUUUGCGUUAUGUAAGCAUCUUCCCAUUUCAUUCUCGUACCAGACUGGAACAUUUCAUAACCUGCCUGAGCGAUCAUCACUCCAUUAUCAAUGCAAAAUCUUUCAUCGGUUGCGAACAAUUUGGCACCGCGUUCCUUGCACAUUUCAGCCAUCAUUUCUUGCAGACGUAAGUUGCAUCCUACACCACCAACUAAAGACAAUAGGAAAUGAAAUGAUUGAUAAAAUUAUAAGUUUGGCAUUUUAGGAAUUACCUAUUAAGACUUCACUGGAAUUACAGUGAGCCAAGGCUCGUUCAGUGGUUUCAACUAACAUGGCAAAAACAGUUUCUUGUAGUGAAUAGCAUAAGUCUUCUUGGGUGUAAUCUUGUUUUAGCAAGGAAGUGGUUCUUUCUUCAAGAUAAGUUAGGAUUCCUUAAAAAUGUUAGAUUUUUCACUCUGUAUUCAUAGAUUUGUUUGUUGUUUUACCUGAAAAACUAACAUCCAUUCCUUUAACAGAAUAUGGCAGAGCCACAAACUUUGUACCUUUUUUAGCCAACUGUUCAAUGUUGUAGCCAGGACUGGGAUCAUUUGAAAUUUUCAAUACCCUGGCAAAUCUAUCUAGACAAUUUCCUACAGCAAUAUCCAGUGCCUCUCCAAAUAUUCUGUACCUUUUUCUUGCAUACGCAAUAAUUUGUGUAUUUCCUCCACUCACAUAUAAGACUGUGGGAUUUUGU